AUGGACGCACAGAACUUAGCGAAUGCACAGCAACCUGGACAACCAAACCCAGAGAGUAUUCCAAAUGAAGUUAGAAUACAAACUGCAAUGGCAAACUAUGGUCAAGUGCCAACAGAUGUACAAAUGCAAACUGCCAUGUCAAAUGACGCUGCGUUAGGUUUGCCACCAUGGUAUGCAAAUAUGAGAUGGAAAGAGUUUUAUACAGUUAGUAUGGUUAAGUCGUGUACUGUGGCACUGCGCGCCUCCUUACCCAUUAUAUGUGAAUUUGACACUUUACAAAACCAGUAA